GUUAUGGGAGAUCCCAUUUCAUCUUCAUCUCCAUACCACACUCCAAGGAAUUCAAACAAUAUAAUAAUGCUGUUCACACACAUGAUUGAACAGGCACUGAUUGGAUUCAAGCUGCCCUUGUCUCUUUCCCAACCCCCAAUCACACUCUCUUCAUUACCUAUAUUGCCUCGAAAUUCUCUAUUUCUUUUACACUUUUGAAACUCUUUACUGAAUCACACUCCUAAUCUUAUAUAUAUACAGUGAUCCCUCACUUGAUAUCAUUGUAGUAGUCGUUUUUGAAGCAAAAAAUGGAGAAAUAUGAGGUGGUCAAAGAUCUGGGAGCCGGCAAUUUUGGGGUUGCUCGACUCCUUAGACACAAGGAGACAAAGGAGCUUGUUGCUAUGAAGUAUAUCGAGAGAGGUCACAAGAUAGAUGAGAAUGUGGCGAGAGAGAUUAUCAAUCACAGAUCUCUUAGACACCCCAAUAUAAUCCGGUUCAAGGAGGUGGUUUUGACGCCUACCCAUUUAGCAAUUGUGAUGGAGUAUGCUGCUGGUGGUGAGCUCUUUGAACGGAUUUGCAGUGCUGGAAGAUUCAGUGAAGAUGAGGCUAGAUAUUUCUUUCAGCAGUUGAUCUCUGGUGUCAAUUACUGUCACUCUAUGCAAAUAUGCCAUAGAGAUUUGAAGUUAGAGAAUACACUUUUGGAUGGAAGUCCUGCACCGCGCUUGAAAAUCUGCGAUUUCGGUUACUCUAAGUCUUCUCUGUUGCAUUCGAGACCCAAAUCAACAGUUGGAACUCCAGCAUAUAUAGCACCAGAAGUUCUAUCGCGACGAGAAUAUGAUGGAAAGUUGGCAGAUGUAUGGUCCUGUGGAGUUACCCUUUAUGUAAUGCUGGUGGGAUCAUACCCUUUUGAAGAUCAACAGGACCCUCGGAAUUUUCGGAAAACAAUUCAGAGAAUAAUGGAUGUUCAGUAUAAAAUUCCAGACUAUGUUCAUAUAUCUCAAGAUUGCAGGAACCUCCUCUCUCGAAUAUUUGUUGCACAUCCAUCAAGGAGGAUUACACUUAAAGAAAUAAAAAACCAUCCUUGGUUUUUGAAGAACUUGCCAAGAGAGCUAACGGACACGGCACAAGCUGCGUAUUACCAGAGCGAUAACCCUACAUUCUCACUUCAAAGUGUGGAUGAGAUCAUGAAAAUUGUUAAAGAGGCAAGAAGUUCACCUCCAGCAUCGGUGCCGGUCAAGGGCUUCGGUUGGGGUCAAGACGAGGAUGAAGAGGAAGACAUCAACGACGAAGAAGAAGAUGAAUACGAUAAGCGGGUGAAGGAAGUCCAUGCGAGUGGAGAAUUCCAAAUCCAAUAAGCAAUAAAACUGUGUGUGAUAAUAUAUUCCUUGCAUUUAUGGACUUAAAAUGUUUAAUAACCAAUAACUGUUGUUUCGUUGCUAAAAAUAUUUAUGUUGUGAACUAUAAGACCCCAAACAUUAGCAGUAAACAAU